AUGACAUCAUCAUCGUCGACCGCAACCCCUGCGCCCAACGGCAAACAGAGCCCAAUCCAUACCGCAGGGUGCAUAAUAAUCGGCGAUGAAGUCUUGGGCGGAAAGACUGUUGACACCAACUCGGCAUACCUGGCGAAGUUCUGCUUCUCUCUAGGCAUGCAAUUGAAAAGAGUAGAAGUCAUCGCCGACGACGAGGGCGAGAUAAUAGAGGCUGCUCAACGCAUGUCUAAAAACUAUGAUUUUGUAGUAACCAGUGGUGGGAUCGGUCCUACACACGACGAUAUUACCUACCAGUCAAUAGCCAAAGCGUUCAACCUCGAACUCAAGCUCCAUACACCUACAGUGGAAAAGAUGAAGAAGUACUCCCGUCCACAUAAAUCACAACCCAACUUCUCGUGGGAUACUCCGUCGCCAGCGUUAACAGCCAAGUAUCGGAUGGCUGAAUUACCUACUGAUCCUGCGAUUCCGGAUGAGGAGCAAGUGGUGUUUGUUAAGGAAGAUCUCUGGGUGCCUAUCGCGGUGGUGAAUAGGAAUAUUCACAUUCUGCCAGGGGUGCCGCGAAUCUUUGAGACUUUGCUACAGGGCUUGAAACCGAGACUUCUCCCUCGAUUAGCUGAUUCCGAGGGCAAGGGCUCGUAUCGAAUCCUGUUCAGCACACCAUUGGCCGAGAGCGAGGUUGCCGGGUAUCUUACUGAACUGGCAGCCAAGGUCGAGCCGAAAGGAAUCAAGGUCGGUAGCUACCCGCGUUGGGGCAAGAACAGGAACGUGGUGACGCUGGUUGGGAAAGAUAGAGAGUUCAUGGAUUCCUUGGUGGAUGAAGUGGCUCAAGGCGUCAAAGGUCUUCGAGUCUCGGUCGAGGGAGAGGAUGACACUGAUGAUGAGACGGAUGUCAAGAAGGACAAAGAUGCCUGA